AUGGCGCUCCACGCCGUCUCUCCCGCGGCGGUCUCCUCCCCGCUGCGCGCCCUCUCGCGCAGCCUCCCCCAGCGCCCAGGCUGUGGUUGUUUACCAAAGCAACCCGUCGUGAUUUACUCCUCCACAAACUUUGCGAGACUUCAGGCUGGACCAGUGGACUUCGCUGGCAGGCCUCUGGUUCUUGGACGCUCAGACAAGAGAGCAGUUUUGACGCAUGCCACUAUUGAAGAAAUUGAAGCAGAGAAAUCCCUCAUCGAAGACCAAGCUAAAGAAAAGAUGGAGAAGGCAAUCGAAACAGUCCAAACUAACUUCAACACUGUUGAGUACUACGGAACUCCAGUGAACUUGAAGAGCAUUGCACAGAUAAGCACUCCAGAUGCAACUUCUCUUCUUAUUCAACCAUAUGAUAAGUCAAGCCUUAAGCUUAUUGAGAAAACAAUAGUUGCUGCAAAUCUUGGUGUGACACCAAGCAAUGACGGAGAAGUGAUACGAGUGACUGUCCCACCAUUGACAUCUGAUCGCAGAAAGGAAUUAGCAAAGACAGUAGCUAAAUUAGCUGAAGAUGGCAAGGUUGCUAUAAGGAACAUAAGAAGAGAUGCAAUCAAAGCUUAUGAUAAACUACAGAAGGAAAAGAAGCUUUCUGAAGAUAAUGUGAAAGAUUUAUCAGCUGAUCUACAAAAAGUCACAGAUGAGUACAUGAAAAAGAUCGAUUCCAUCCAGAAGCAGAAGGAACAGGAGCUGAUGAAAAUUUAG